AUGGAGGCAGCAUCAAUUCUCUCCGCCAUGAAGGGCGAAAAACUGAAGGACUCGCCGCAGUGGCUCACUUGGUUUGCAAAAGUGCAGCUAUAUGCCAUGCAAAAGAACGUAUGGGACCUUUGCAACCCAGAUCCCCCGACGACAACCGAAUCCCAAGCAAUAAGAUCUAUACCUCUCCAAGAACCGGUGGAACCGGAAUACCCAGAGGACGGCGAUGACAAGGAUCGAAGGAUUUGGCGAGAUCGAAUGGACGUGUAUAAAAUGAAGUACACGAAGUGGGAGAAGCAAGCAAAAGGACUAAGUGAUGUCAACGAGUACAUCCUUACCUACCUCGACCCAAUGCAUCACCUUGCUCUGAUCACAUAUCGUACUCCGUAUGAGAGGCUUGUAUACCUAAAGACUAGAUUUGCUCGGUCAACGGCGUACGAAGAAGAAAUCCGUAUGAAUUGGAAGGUCUUUGCCAUGCAGAAACCAACCGGUGAUAUUGAGCAGUGGCUUCAAAAGUGGAAUUCACUAAGAGAGCAAGCUAUUAGCCUCGGCAUUAGCGAUGCAGAUUCCAAUCGAGACUUCCUACAUGCAGUUAAAGAGGUACUGCCAAUCUGGUGGCAAGGAAAAUACCAAGAGAUUGUUAUGGAUAAGAAGAAAUAUGACACUCGAGAUCUUCUUGAAUCAUUCCGUGCAAUGAAUCGGGAGAUAGGCGUCAAAACUGUGACCUCAACUAAUGCUCCAAAAAGUGCUUUUUCAACCUGGCAAGGUCAUCGAGAAGCAAAGCCGGAAGCGAAGCAAGAGAAGCUUCCAUUCGAGAAGAGAAAAUGUCCAUGUGGCAAUGGUCAUCCACACCACAAGGUGGCCAACUGCUGGCUCAUGAAUGAAGCUAUACGCCCAGAAGGAUAUACCCUAGACGAAGGGAAGCUAGAGAGAGCUAGAAAGAAGCUAGCAAAUGAUCCAGGGUGGAAGCAAUGGGUCGACAAAGCUGUCAAUGAAGCUAAAUCAAAGCAUCAUGAAUCUGCAAACCACGUUAGCUUCGCCACCACCUACCAGAGUAAGCAACAGGGCAGGCCUCAGAGCAGGCCUCAGAGCAAGCCUCAGGGCAAGCCCCAGGGCAAGCACCAAGGCAAGCUACUAAGUGAAGCUAUACAGAUUGGCAAGCAUGCACUCUCAGCUGCAAAGACUGGCGAGCUCUCUCUCCGCAAUCGAUGGAUUCUUGACACUGGGUCCAGUUCACAUGUAUGCAAUAACAGAGCACUGUUUAUUGAUUUUACGCCGGAAGUCAUAGAUUUGACAACUGGUGACAGUACUACGCAGGUGCUAGGGAGAGGCAAAGUUCGACUAGUCGGCAAGCAUCCACAGAAAGGGAGAAUGGAAAUCACAUUGAGUGAUGCUCUCUACUCGCCUAGCUUCCAUACAAAUCUAGUGUCGUACGCGAUGCUAAAGAAGAAGGGGGGCACCUGGUGUCAACGUACAAACUGCAUCCGAGAUCCAAAGGAUCUACCUGUUGUCAAUGUACAUCUAUGGGACCAGUUUAACCUCUGGAUUUUCGAUGAACCAGGAGAGGUUCUACCGCAACAAGCAUAUGCCACACAGAGAUCCUCAGUAAAGCCGCAGGAAUCAAAGGCAUCGGCUGACAUCUGGCAUCGGCGACUUGCUCACAUUGAGCCCCGCGCCGUAGCUAAGCUUGCUACUAUGGUAGAUGGUAUAGUCCUCCAGGAAGCAGAGCAAGAAGAAGCUUCAUUAUGCCAAACCUGUCAUAUUGGGAGAGCACCAAAACAGAUCUCUCGCCGGCCAGUAGGACGUACUUUUGGACGAUUUGGAAGGAUCCACUUUGAUCUCAUACAACUGCCGCUAGCAUACAAUAGACACCGAUGGAUAUCUCAUUUCUAUAUGGAAGGAGUACGAUUCCAUUGGAUAAUGACACAUGAAGUGAAGCCUGAAUGCCAGCUGGCGAUCAACCAGUUCGUACAGCUAGCAAGGAAUCAGUGGAAUCUACCUAUCAAGGCAUUUCACUAUGACAAUGAAGCUGCAGCAGGCAAAACAGCGGAGCACAGUUUGACAAGCGAUGGUAUCUUGAUAUAUCAUACUCCACCCGGCCACUCAGAGAUGAAUGGGUAUGCCGAGAGAUCUGGCGGGAUGAUCAUUACCCGUAUGCGUAUGCUCUCUCUUGAAGGCAAGCUUCCGAAAGACCUAUGGCCUGAAUUCGCAAGCGCUGCAGUGUGGUUAUUGAACCGUACCCCUACAUACAUUGCUUCUGAGAACAAGUGGUUAAUACCAUGGGAAGAAGUAAGAAGAGAAUUUGCUCCAACAGCCCCGAAGAUCAAUCUAGCAAAUGUUAGAUUAUAUGGAAGUUUGGCGUACUGCCGCAUUGAGAGGCAGAUCCAGUCAGAUAAGAUGAAUCCAAGAGCAGAGGUCGGCUUCCUAGUCGGAUACUUGGCAUCUAAUAUCUACAAAAUCUGGUUUCCACACAGUGGGAAAGUGAGGUAUAUACGAGAUGCAGUCAUUGAUGAAGCACGUAAAUACUCGCCGGACUAUGAGAAAUCUCAGCCUAUUCCACUACCAUUAGUGAGAGAGCCAGAAGAGAUUACGCCCGACGAAGUGGCGCAAAUCAUCAACCAUCAGAUCGCUAGCCAGGAAGCAACUAGUACGCCGGAAAGUGAGCAUCAAAACCGACAAGAUGAAACCGACGAUGCUCUACCAGAUGCUCUUCCAGAUGCUCUACCAGAUGCUCUUCUAGAUGCUCUUCCAGAUGCUCUACCAGAUACUCUACCAGAUACUUCACAAGAUAUUCAGCUAAGUGAGGUUGACUACCGAGAGAUCACCCCACUUCAGGGGGUGAGCAGGCAGGCAUUAAUGCCUACCCCAAUAAGCCUACCACCUAUACUUCUGACCUCGGUCAGAAAAGAAGCCGGUGAGAUCCAGGACAUACAGAAGGAUCAAGAUCCAUCACCAUUAACCCCACCAAAUGAAGAAACUGGCUUACAGCAAGGGGUGGAAACUGGCCCUGAUCAGGGGGUGGAUACGCAUGAUCUAGAUGAUCAACUGCUCAGUGAAGAUCAGGCCCAUGAAGAAGCCUAUGAAGAAGCCAAUGAAGAAGCCAAUGGAGAACCUAAUGAAGAACCCAAUAGAGAGGUGGAAAAUGAGCUAGAAAGACAGCUCCAGGCAGAACUGCUAGCACCAAGCAGAGAGAUCUCCAGCAAUAUAGAUGCCAGCAACAUACUAAGUGGACGUCGAAUACGCAAAGCAAAACAAGAUGACGAUUUUGCAUAUGCAACCACUAUAGUACAGGGUAUUGACGAAGAAGAGCCACCGGCUCUACUACAUGCAUUUGCAGCUGGUCUAUACGCCGAGAAACCAAACGCUCGCCGCCAUCGAGAUGAUCUCCCACCACCACCCAAGUACUGGAAGGAUGUCAUAAAUCAUCCUUUUCAGCAAGGUUUUCUCGCAGCAAUGAAGAAAGAGAUCCACUCUCUAUCUGAAAAAGAGACAUUCGAAGUCAUUGAAAAGCCAAAGGAUCGAGGGAUACAAAUCCUUCCCUUACUAUGGGUUUUUGCAUACAAAUUCGACCAGGACGGUUACCUUUUGAAAUUGAAGGCUCGAAUCUGUGUUCGUGGGGAUCUUGAGACGAUUACCUAUGAAGAAAAGAGAGCUGCUACGCUAGCAGCAAGAACAGCAAGAAUGAUCUUUGCACUAGUCGCUGCCUUUGACCUAGACCUCCGUCAGCGAGAUGCUGUCACUGCAUUUCUGAAUAGCAAGCUAAGCCAAGAGAAACCGACGUAUACGCAGAUGCCAGAAGGGUUCCAGUCCCUAGGUAAAUGCUGGAAGCUUCGUCGAGCAUUGUACGGCUUACGGAUCUCGCCACGUCUUUGGCAACAAGAAGCAGCUAGUGUACUCCGAAAACUAGGUCUGCAACAAGCACCAGAAGACCCUUGUGUCUUCGUCGGAGAAGGGCUAAUAGUCUUCUUCUAUGUGGAUGAUAUCUUAAUUGCUAGCCAUGCAAAUGCUAAGGCAAGAGCCAUGCAAUUGGAGCGAGAUCUAGAAGCCCACUGGGAGCUGACAGAUCAUGGAGAAGCAUCAUGGUUUCUCAAUAUCCGAAUCAUUCGCGAUAGGAAGCAGAAGAAGCUCUGGCUAUGUCAAGAUAGCUAUAUGACAAGCAUUGCUACCCGCUACAAUUUGACAGAUCGACCACCUGUCUAUACGCCACUACCAGUUGACGAAUUGACGCCUUACCAAGGCGUAGCCACCCCGAAGGAGAUCCUUCUCUAUCAAAAGAAGGUUGGAUCCGCAGGCUAUGCCACCACUAUCACUAGGCCAGAUGCUGCAAAGGCCACCGCUCGACUAGCUCAGUUCUUGACGAAUCCAGGGCCCCAGCACCACCAAGCAGCUGACCGGGUCAUCAGUUACCUAUAUACUACCCGGAACCUAGCUAUUGAAUAUAGUGCAGACGCAGUAAGCACUGGAAUCGAUUCCAUACAGUUCGCAAGCGAUGCUUCAUACGGAGAUCACCCAGAUCGAAAGAGCUCUGCAGGCUACAUCUGUCAAGCUUAUGGUGGACCAGUUGACUGGAAAGCGAGCAAGCAACCCACCGUGACAACGUCAACCACUGAAGCAGAGCUGCUAGGCCUAUCAGAGACAGGGAAGCAACUUCAAUGGUGGCGUCGACUACUAAAAAGCCUCGGUUUUGAACCCUCCCACAAUAUGACGAUCGACUGCGACAACGAGAGAACGAUCAGCCUACUUACUAGUGAGGACACUGCCUUCGAAACGAAGCUUCGGCAUGUCGAUAUUCAUCAUCAUUGGCUUCGGCAAGAGGUUAGAGAAGGACGCAUAAUGGUGCGAUGGGUGCCGACGGCGAGCAUGGUCGCAGAUGGACUCACAAAGAUGCUAUCUCGCCAGAAGCAUGAGAGCUUCCUAAGGAUGCUCAGGAUGGUGGACAUAGGCUAUCUAAUGGCCUAG